AUGGUGAUGGAGGUGGGAGAAGGCUCCCUGAUCAUUCCUGUCUGUCCACGCACUGCUCCAGAGUUGACGAUUAUAGUUGUGUGUGACAGUAUUCCUGUCAACCAAGUUGUGUGUCACAGUAUUCCUGUCAACCAAAUUGUGUGUCACAGUAAUCCUGUCAACCAUGCUGUGUGUCACAGUAUCCCUGUCAACCAAGUUGUGUGUGACAGUAUUCCUGUCAACCAAGUUGUGUGUCACAGUAUUCCUGUCAACCAAGUUGUGUGUCACAGUAUUCCUGUCAACCAAGUUGUGUGUCACAGUAUUCCUGUCAACCAAGUUGUGUGUCACAGUAUUCCUGUCAACCAAGUUGUGUGUCACAAUAUCCCUGUCAACCAAGUUGAAUGUCAAAGUAUCCCCAUCAACCAAGUUGUGUGUCACAGUAUUCCUGUCAACCAAGUUGUGUGUCACAGUAUCCCUGUCAACCAAGUUGUGUGUCACAGUAUUCCUGUCAACCAAGUUGUGUGUCACAGUAUUCCUGUCAACCAUGUUGUGUGUCACAGUAUUCCUGUCAACCAAGUUGUGUGUCACAGUAUUCCUGUCAACCAAGUUGUGUGUCACAGUAUCCCUGUCAACCAAGUUGUGUGUGACAGUAUUCCUGUCAACCAAGUUGUGUGUCACAGUAUCCCUGUCAACCAAGUUGUGUGUGACAGUAUUCCUGUCAACAAAGUUGUGUGUCACAGUAUUCCUGUCAACCAAAUUGUGUGUCACAGUAAUCCUGUCAACCAUGCUGUGUGUCACAGUAUCCCUGUCAACCAUGCUGUGUGUCACAGUAUCCCUGUCAACCAAGUUGAAUGUCAAAGUAUCCCCAUCAACCAAGUUGUGUGUCACAGUAUUACUGUCAACCAAGUUGUGUGUCACAGUAUCCCUGUCAACCAAGUUGUGUGUCACAGUAUUCCUGUCAACCAAGUUGUGUGUCACAGUAUCCCUGUCAACCAAGUUGUGUGUGACAGUAUUCCUGUCAACAAAGUUGUGUGUGACAGUAUUCCUGUCAACCAAGUUGUGUGUGACAGUAUUCCUGUCAACCAAGUUGUGUGUCACAGUAUCCCUGUCAACCAAGUUGUGUGUCACAGUAUUCCUGUCAACCAAGUUGUGUGUCACAGUAUCCCUGUCAACCAAGUUGUGUGUCACAGUAUUUCUGUCAACCAAGUUGUGUGA